GGCAGGACUGAACACUGAGUGUCUUCAGAGAACCAGUCCUGCUGGUGAACCAGGCAGAGCUUACUGGAGCCCAAACCAUCAAACCAUCAUGUCAGGGAAGAAGAGCCAAGAAAAGUCUUGCAGUGACAACAAGCAGAUGGAAGAUACUUCUUCUCGGCCUGAUGUAGAGGUUCCUGUGAACUAUGUGUACCGCCUACUGCAGGAGGAGCAGUAUACCCCAUGUAUAGGUUCCACCACUUCAGAUUUCCUACUUGCCACUCUUGAUUACCUUACGGACUAUAUCCUGGAGGUGGUGGGCUCUGAAGCCAAUAUCAACAGCCAGCAAGACAUCCCUCAAGAAGGAGAGAGAAAAGAAGACGAUGACCGUGAACCCUCUCAAUCAUUCAAUAACACCCCUUUCUCUCUGUUUGAUGAGAUGCCUGGACCCAGAAGGAAUGGCUAAAGAAUGGGGUACAGAACCCUAAGGUGGCAAGCUUCAUGAACUCAGCUAGAACCAUAAUGGCUAAUAGCAGAGGAGGCUUCCCCUGGUGUCCAUGAAUACUAAUAAAGUGUUUGAAUG